CAUGUCAUGUCUACUCCUCUCCUGAUAUAGGGCUUAUCUUGGGUAAUUUAGUCCGGUACAUUUUCAGUUGAUAGUCACAGUCAGGUACAUAAACGAUUCAAAAAAUUCGACACAGAUAAAAAUGAUAAGAAAAACGCCAUUUUCCCCUUCCCUUUCAAUUUCGUAAACAAUUGACAUGAAUUAUUUAGCUGUUUGCCUAAUCAAAUUUAAUAAUCAUGGACUGCGCAGUAAGAAGCUAUUCUGGAUUAUUUUCACUGCGGAGCGGAACCAUGGCGGUUGGCACUCUAUCUAUGGCGCGAGGAGCUCUAGGCUUCAGUCUGGCCUGUAGAAAUAAUACGAGCUUCAAUGUGGAUCCAGCGGACAGUGAAAUCAAAGUGACGCUAACUUUGCCCAUCAUCUGGAUAACGCUUUCUGCCAUAACCACCGUUGUUACCCUUCCGCUGCUGAUUGCCGCGUGGAAGAAUCGCAAUCCGGAGUAUCUCUUACCUUGGCUCGUAUUGGAACCUAUUUUGACAUUUACAGGCAUUGGCUUCGCGUCGAAAGAUUUCAUUUUGUCAACGUUAGUUGGCCAGCAGCAUCCCAUCGAUAGCGCAAGUUCGAUUGGCGCUAUUCUACUCGUAGCAGUGGUCGACUUGUGCAGUGUUUUAGUGGUCUACAGCUACUUUCGCCAAUUACAAGGGACACACGGACAUUUGUCAAAGCCGGAUGAUAAAAUGCAGAAUGUAGUGCACGAAGACCAUAGCUACGAUCGACAUUUCCCGGAGAAAACCCUGCCAUAUCAGAGCACUGAGCCAUUGAUUUCACAUUAGAAAAAGUGUUUUUGCGGGCACGAAAAAUGCUUUCAAUUUUCCAGAUUCGCAAUUUUGUUACGAAUUGCUUUUCCUAUCACCCAAUUUUAGCUUAAUAUUUGAAACGCUACGAUAAAUAUAAUGUUUGACGAUAA